AGAUUGCUAUAUCUUCUUUGCCAUUGACGCCUUUAUCGUUUUCUCACACCACGCUCUCCUGCCUUUCUUGAAUCGGUCCUAGUCCACGCCUGCCUGUCUCUUGAACUUUUCAUUCCCACGAAAAUUCUCCAAAUUCCUCUCUUCUUAUCUAAUCCAAACUAGUACCAUUCAAAGCCUAAGAGAAGGAACAAAAAAGAGAAAAAAAAUUGGAGGAGCUAAAGUUGAGAGAUGCUUGGAUGGAUACAAGUUACAGUGGUGGCUUUGUCCAUCGUAGUUCUUACUUCCCUUCUUGUUCUUUUGGUUUGGAGGUGGUGUCGUUGCAGACAACGUAAAGAAGUUGUAGAACCGUUAGGCGUUCCGAGUUUUCGAGCAACUGGGAUUGGGAAUAAUGUUUCAAGAGCUAGUGUUCAUCAUCAACCUGAUAAUUCAGAAGCUAGAAGAAGAGGGAAUCAUGUUUUUCAACGUGGGGUUUCGGUGAAACCUUUGUUCAGUUGGGGUGAUAAUCCAUCACUCAUUACCGAUGCUGUUGAGAAUGGAUGGUCUCAAUUUGCUUUCAUGGACAACAACACAUCAACAAGAUCAACAUCACUGCUGGGUUUAUGCGCUGUUGGUGAUCAAAGGAAUGAAACUGAGGCUGAAAUAAGCUGGGAAGUUUGUCCAGGAUCAGUGGAAUACAUGCAAAAGAUAAGGUUCAAUUCAGGGUUAAAGAGAGUGAGUCUAAGCCAACCUUCCACAACUGCUACAACUGUAAUUAGAACAGCUUUGCCUUUACCAGGUCCUUCUUUGGGAAAUAAUAUUGCUUUUCCUCAAGAAGCUUAUUUUGAAGUCACAAUUUUAUUUUCUCAUGGCGAUGACAAAGAAUCGGUAGGCAAGGCUAAAGAAGGUGAGAAGACUAAACUUAUACAAGAGAGUUUGAAUGGAAAAGCUAAUUAUUCAGAAUCUUUAGUCCAUGUUACAAGCAGUAGUCAUAGAGUUAACAAGUUUGAAGAGUUGAAGGUUGACAUUGAAGAAAGUGGUAAAGGUGGCGAAGCAGUGAAGCUGUCUUUGGGGCUCACUGCAGGAGGCUCUCUUCCAUCAAAACUUCCAGGCAGCUAUCCAGGAAGCAUUGGAUUCAACUCCAAUGGUUCUGUCUAUCUUGAAGGAAUCAAACUUGUGUUCGAAUCCGAAGAAGCAGAAUGGGGAAGAACAGAUAAGGUGAUUGGUUGUGGGUUUCAUCCUAAGCAGAAGAAGGUGUUUUUCACAGUAGAUUCAGAGCUGGUCCAUGUAGUCCAUUGCAAGUCUGAGGAAUUUGGGACUCCAUUAUAUCCAAUUCUAGCAGCAAACACUGACAUUUUGGUUCUGGUUAAUAUGGGCCAAAGUGUCUUCAAAUAUGGGCCUGCAAAUGCACAGAGGACACCAAAUCCUUGCUUCAUUCAACCUCCUCUAAAUUCUCCAGCUAGUGGCAUAGACUAUGAAGAUAGCACAGAUCUUUUCUCAAUGAAAUUUGACUCAAAUUACUUUAAUUCAUACACAAUCAGAGGCAGUCAAAAUGGAACUAGUAAACAUACGAAAGAUUCUGACCAUGAGGGUGAAGUUGAACUUUUUGAGAUUGUCUUAGAAGAAAGUGGAAGACCCUCAGAUGCAAUGCAGUGACAAGAAGACACAUUGGGUUUUGGUGCAUUAGAUUAUAGAUGCAUUGAUUUUGUUAGUCACAUGGGUUUGCAGAAUAUAUAUGAGUUCCAGAGAGAUUCAAAAAUCAACUUAAGUUGGAGUUUGACAUUUUGCUGUUCAUCGUCAAAUAAGAUCUUAUGCAACCUCAAGUGGCCUCAAGUGGCUUGCUCAUUUCCAGAGAGAUUGCAGAUAAAUAACACAGCUUCAUAGACUGCGGACACUUUUGUUUUGUUAUUUUCUGUAUUCAACUCGUUUUAUACAUUUUUUUUUCCCUACAAUUCUUUUCUUGUGAAUAUCAAGAUACUAUUGUUUAUUCAAGUUGUAAUUUUUGCCUUAUCACCAAUUUGCUAAUUGAAAAGAGAUAGUGAUUGUAUU